UGUAGCUUUUGUAAAGUAUUUGUUUUUGUAAUUGAGACUGGAUACAAUUUUUGGAGAUUUAUGAUUUUAUAAUUAGAAGCAAUGCCAGAAGAUAACAAUAUGAAGGCGCUCUUAAAAGAGUUAGGAGAGACGAGUUCUCUUCAUGGUAUCCCAAAAAUUGUUUCUUCGAGGCAAAUCGUUGUUAAGGCAUUAUGGUGCUUGUUACUCCUCGGAACAAUGACAGCCUUUGCUAUUCAGCUCCAUGGCUUAUUUGAGGAGUUUUACUCCUUUCCAACGAAGACAUCAGUUCGACUCGAUUUCAAACCACUGGCGUUUCCGGCUCUAACGUUUUGUAACAUGAAUCCGAUUAGAUUCAGUCAAAUCGCAAAAUACGAAAAUAUUAAGAAGGUUAUUGUAGGAAAAACUUUUGCAGACUACAAAGAAUAUUUUGACUAUGAAUCUUUGGAAAAUUAUGACGAAAACAUUCUACAGGAUCAUUCUCACGCCCGAGACACGUUUCAUGCAUGGAAAAGUAGAUUUCUGACCGAGUAUAGAAAACUUUCGGCUGAAAACAAAUCAAAUGCAGGGCAUCAGAGAAAAGACUUUAUUCAUAGUGCGGUGUUUUCAGGUCACCGUAUGAAACUGUCCAUCUUUGAAGAAAUGCAGUCACAUUUGUAUGGUAACUGUUAUACACUCGACGAAGAUAAAUUAAUUGCCAGAGGAAGCGGUCAUAAGAAUAGUUUGUAUAUAGUAUUCAAUAUUGAAACUGCUGAAUACUUGCAUGACAUUACCUCUGCAUAUGGAGUUCGCAUGGUUUUACACGAACGAGGGACGUUUCCACUUCCAGAAGAUGAAGGACUUACUCUUAGUUCGCAAUUUGAAACCCAUAUUGGAUUACGCCUUACACGAGUUGUGCGACUUGGUGGAAAAUUUGGCGACUGUACAGAUGGCCAUGAGUUCAAAAUGAAAUACAAAAUAGAAUACACAGUUCCAAUCUGUUACACUAUUUGUGAGACUGAAUAUUUGCAGUCAAUGUGUAACUGCAGGUCGGUGUCGUCAUUAAAUCUUGUCGGAAGUGAAACAUUACGGUUUUGUGAUUACGACGAGGACGAGGGUUGUGUUGAAAAAGUAAUUGAUAACAUACACGACGGAAAACUCAAAUGUGACUGCCCAGCACGUUGUAAAGAAAAUGUGUUUUCAACAACAUUUUCUAGUAGGCAAUGGCCUCACAAGAAAUACUUGAAAAGUGUCAUUUUAGAAGAGAUUUGCAACAGAAACACGAAUAUAACAAGCUCGAAACAGUAUUCAGAAAUGUGUAAUAACUUAAUUGCAGUUACGGAUGAGGAUUUAGAUCAAAUUGCGCCCAACUUCCUUGCUGUUUACAUCUACUUCGAGGACCUGAAUUAUGAAACAAUAUCAGAAGAACCUUUGUACAACACAAUUCGCUUCUUAUCUGAUAUUGGUGGUGCUAUGGGGUUGUAUAUGGGGGCGUCUGUACUUACUUACGUUGAACUUUUGCAAGUUGCUUUGGAAGUGUUUCUUCUUGUUAAGCGAAAAAUGAAGCAAACAUCACCAGUCAAAGACAAAAUAGAAAAUUAAAUUAAAUGCAACUAGAAUAAUGUUAUCAAUUUUUGGAAAUUGAUAAAAACAUUUCAUUUAUUCGUCUGAUUCAUAAGAAAGGUUACACGACACGUAUGAUAUGUAUGGUUUUUUUAUGUGAAUUAUGAAAAAGAUAAAAGUAAAUGAUUGAAAAUUUGAAAAGUUGAAAAUAAAACAGUUUGAAGACUUUAUAAAAAAAAGUGUACGUUUUGAUGUGAAUUAUGAAAAAGAUAAAAGUAAAUGAUUGAAAAUUUGAAAAGUUUAAAAUAAAACAGUUU